CGACGCAGCUCCGCCCAGCGCCAGGCCCGCGGCGACGCCUGGAGGUGAAGCCGCGCAGGUGCCGGAGGCGGCUCGGUCGGCCGAGCCCCCUGGUCCCGGAGGAGGCGAGGCGCUGGGCCGCGGGGGCAGGCGCCAUGGCCGACGACGCGCCCAGUGGCUCCGGCGGAGUGAGCGGCGGUGGGACCGCCGCACAACCUACGGGGUCUCCCUCGGCCACCGCCGAGGGCGCCGCAAAGCCAACGCGCUCCAACAGCCAGUGCGUGUUCUGCCGGAUCGUGGAGGGGGAGGACGCCGAGUUCCUGCACUGCGAGGAUGAAAACCUAGUUUGCUUUAAAGAUAUCAAACCAGCAGCAUCUCAUCAUUAUCUUGUGGUGCCAAAGCAGCAUAUUGGAAACUGCACAGAGCUAAAGAAAGAGCAAAUAGGACUUGUUGAGAGCAUGGUUACUGUUGGAAAAACCAUUCUUAAAAAGAAUAAUUUCACUGACUUCACAAAUGUGAGAAUGGGUUUUCACGUGCCACCAUUCUGCUCCAUUUCCCACUUGCACCUUCAUGUCAUAGCACCAGUCACUGAGUUUGGCUUUAUAUCAAAAUUGAUUUAUAGACCGAAUUCCUAUUGGUUCAUCACAGUCGUCAGAUCUGUAGGAAGAGAAACUAAGGCUGAGUCUCUCCAUCUCAGGCUGACUAUUUGCUUGAAAAACUAAGAACAUCAGAAUGACAUCAGUGGAAGAUUUUCGUAUUCUUGGCUCAACAGAAACUAAUAUUUUGGCCCCUUUUAAAUCAAAUUACAAUGGUAAGGUUUGUUGGGUUUUAUAAGAGACUAUUACUGGGUAGCCUUAAGUCUUUUCUGAAUGUCUGUUUCCUGAGAUCUAUAAUAUAGUUAUAUGAAUACUCUGGCAUUGACUUCUUUAAUGGUUACUUGUCUAAGGUAUAAGAUAUUAUAGAUAAAAUUUCAUUAAAACAAAUUCUGUUAAUCAAGAAGGGCUCUGUAUUUUUUAAAAGUUCAAGUAUUUUCAUUUCUCAUUAUUGUCAUUUAUAAUAGUGAUUAUUAUGAAGAACCAACGGGUAUAGAAAGUACUUUGUUGGAGUUUUAUUAUGAAAGAGAAAAGAUAUUAACCAUCUCUUGACAGUUUCAUAAUUUUGUACAUAUUUCAAAGUAAAGAGUACUGUAUUAUAUAGUGAUCGCUGAUCUUGCUAGAAAGAAUUCAUAUAUUUGUCACUUUUUA